GGGGUCCUCGGUCGGGGCUGUGGGGUCGUGAGCUGCUCCCUCGUGGGGCUUGUGCCGAGGGGAAAGCAGGGCCGUGGGCAGGGCGCCUGUGGGGGAAGCUGAAGCGCAGGAAGCGUCAUGGGAGCAGGAGCAGCUUCUGCCUGCGAGGGCGAGGCAGCGGCGCUGGCGCUGGUGGCUGUGCUGUGGGGCAGCACUGGGCCCUUCCUGCGGCGCGGCGCGGCCGGGCUGGAGGAGCUGCGCUGCCAGGGCCGACUGCGGCAGCUGCUGGCCGAGAUCCGCUUCCUCAGCCUCAACUACAAGUACAUGGUGCCUUUUCUGCUCAAUCAAGGUGGAUCUCUCCUCUUCUACCUCACCUUGGCAUCUGCAGAUCUGUCCCUGGCUGUGCCCCUGUGUAACUCCCUGGCUUUGAUAGUCACACUGGUGACUGGGAGCAUUCUGGGGGAGGACAUUGGUGGUAAAAGAGCUGUGGCAGGGAUGCUGCUCACUGUGCUGGGAGUCACACUCUGUGUAGUUGCCUCAUGAAGGAGCUGCGGCAGAGAGCAGAGGAAGAAGAACCUGUUCCAAGGUAACCCUCUGUGGGUUCUGGCUCAGCAGCACCACCCUUCAGCUCAGUGUCAGCUGGAAAGCUCUAGUGUGACACCUGGGUGUCCAAAAUCCUUGGACUGUCUUCCUUGAGCACUGGGGUGGGACAGGAAAUGCUGAGAGGAGGUCCUGGUUAACAUCUGGAGCUGAGGAAGUCUUCACCUGUGAGUGUCUUGAAGCAGGGAUGGUUGAGUUGUCUUGCCCAGCACUGGGGGGAUAAUAAAUGGUUCAAAGGGAA